GGUCGUCCCCGGCGCCGCGCUCGGCUCCCGCAAGAAGCUGCGCAUGAACGAGCCCCUGAUCGGCCCCAACGCGCAGCACUACUGCAAGGCCGCGCUGGACUCCAGCUGGAUCGGGGUCGAGGGCCCCUACGUGCGGCGGCUCGAGCGGCAGCUGGCCGAGAUCUGCGGCUGCUCCUCGGCGUGCGCGGUGCAGAGCGGCACGGCGGCGCUGUACGGGGCCAUCAAGGCGCUGGGCGUCUCCGAUCCCUCGCACCACGUGCUGGUGCCGGCGUUCACCUGCGCGGCGUGCGCCGACGCUGUGGUGCACGCGGGCGGGCGCCCCGUGCCGAUCGACUGCGAGAUGGACUCCUACGCCAUCUCCCUGGAGGCCGUCCGCAAAGCCCUGGAUUCCGACCAGGCCGUCGUCGGCGUCGUCAUCGCGCCCUGCUACGGGGUGCCCGCGCGCGAUUUCAACGAGGUGCUGGCGUUGUGCAGGGAGCGCGGCCUGUGGCUGUGCGAGGACGCUUGCGAGUCCUACGGGGCCGCGAAGGCGAUGCCGCCCAGCCAGGACGGGCCCGCCAAGGUGCCCGUCGGUGCCCUCGCGACCCUGUCGGUGGUGUCCAUCCGCUCCGAGAAGAUGGUCGGCGUGGGCGAGGGCGGGGCGAUCCUCGGCAACGACCCCACCCUGGUGGCGCGCGCCAAGUGGUGGUGUUCCCGGGCGCCCUCCCGCGGUGUGGGCCUGUGGCGCGUCUACGAGCACGACGCGGUCGGGCAGAAUUUCCGGCUCCCCGAGAUGCUGGCAGCCGUCGGUAGCGCGGCUGCCGAGAUGUUGCCCACGAUGAUCGAGCGCAAGCGGAAGAUACACGGCUGGUACGAGAAGUUCUUCGCCAGGAGCCCUGUGCUGCAGGCGAUCAAGCUGCAGAAGGAGUCGCCCGGGGACGAGUCGGUGUGGUGGAUCACCGCGGCGCUUCUGCCGGACGGGAUGAAUGGCGAGAAGGUGGGGAUGCAGCUGAUGAAGGAGUGCCCAGACAUCGAGAUUCGGCCAGGAUUCUUCCCCCUUGGCCAGAUGGGCAUCUUCAAGUCGGACUGGAACCAGCCGUGCCCGAACGCCGAGGCACUGUACCACGGCAUGGUGUGCCUUCCCUCCUCCAACCAGCUGCUCGAGGCUGACAUCGAGCGCAUUUGCGGGGCGCUCGAGGAUGCCAUCGGGCAGGUGCGAGCCAGGGCGGCCGAGGAGUCGCCCAAGGACUGAGCGAGGGGGCCAGCAUGCUCCCCCAUUCGCGCCCCUCUCAGCCGCGUCGCUCCUCGACCCUCGCCGCGGCCCACGCGCCGCGCACAGCGGCCCGCGAUCCGAGCGGCCGCGCCUCCCCCGGCCGUUGCUCGGGGCGGCGGGCGCUCUCGCCGGGCACCUCUCGCCGGCCGCUGCGCUUGGCAGCAGCCACGCGGCGGGCUCUUUUCGGGACUCUCAGCGGCCCCGCGCGCGGUCCGUGCCGUCACCGCGCGCCGAGGAUCGGAGGGCCUGGCGGGAGCCGCCGUGCGGGGGGGGGGUAUUAUGCUCCGCUGCCCUCACACGUACGGUCCGGCCGAGGUAUGAGAGCGAGGGCGCGCGGAAGGCGUCGGUGGAGCAGGCUCCCCCCUCGCGGCUCCCGCCCAGGGCUUCCGCAGCUGUGCCAGCUGCUUUGUUCUUGCUUCCUUCUUGUCUCGGCCCUUGGUCGCCCCUCUCCGUUCUCUCACGUCUCCGCUUUCGCGCCCCAGCGUGCGCGCGGCGCGCCUCCCCGGUGCGCACGUGUGCCGGCGCGCGGGGGGGGGCAAAAUGACGACCACGGAGGCCGCA